AUGGACGAGAUCCGCAAAAUCCCACCCGUCACCCGCGUCCUCGUCGGAUCCUCGCUGGCAGUGACCGUCGGGGCGAUCCUCAAGUUCGUGAACCCGUAUCAUGUGCUCUUCAGCCCGGAGCUGGUGUUCAGCAGGAAACUGCAGCUUUGGAGGCUGUACUCGUCGUUCUUCCUUGGGAGUGGGGGUUUGCAGUAUAUCUUUGAACUGGUCAUGCUAUACCAGACAGCGAACGACCUCGAGUCCCGGUCGUACGCGCACCGCUCGUCCGACCUCGCCUGGCAGCUUCUCUGGUCCUCCGCCGCCAUUGUCGGCAUCACCUGGCCACUCCGCCCCGUCAUCUUCACCCGCGCCUUCCUCGUCAACCUCGUCUACCUCUACGCCGCCCUCGCCCCCCCGGGAACCACCACCUCAAUCAUGGGCCUGCUCACCAUCCCCAUCGCGUAUUACCCAUACGUCCUCAUCGGGUUCGAUCUCCUCCUCGCGGGACCGCAGGCCGCCGCGCUGUCCGUCGCGGGCGCGAUCGUCGGCCACGGGUGGUGGUGGGGCGUCUGGGGUGGGGGCUUGGGCUCGCAGGGGGUGUUGGCCCAGAGGGCGCGCGCACCGGAGUGGCUGAGGAGGUUGAUGGGGGAGACGGGCCCGAGAGCGCGUGUGGGGCGGCGGAGGGGUUGGCGAGGAGUGGGAUUCAUGUUACGGCGCCGAGGGUGA